AUGCGAGAUCCUAGAUUUAAUUGCAAAGUCUUCCACUUCUGUCAUGAAGAUGGAACUCGUGUAACUAUUCCAUGCUCUCAGAGUUCAUCGAAGCACAGGGUGUGCCUCUUCAAAGACAUCAUUUCCAAUGCGUGCGAAGAUUCAGAAAUCUAUUUGGCCCUUCCCGAAGACCAAAGCCAGAUUAAAUCUUCCAAAGAUACAACAGCAUCUGCUUUCAACGAUGCUACCGAGUUCAAACUUCCUAGAGUGCUUAGUCAACCUAGUUCAUCUACAAAAAAACAGUCAACAACGCCAUUAAGUUUUGGUGAACAUAAAAAUGAAAAGACUAAUUCAUUGCUAACUCAGGGUGUCGAUGGAAUAUAUGAAGUUUUCAACAGUGUACUGAAAGAGAUAGAAUCUGAAGAGAAAUCUCAACUAGACAACAGUGAUUCAAGUGAGGAUGCACUGGAUUUGCCAUUUGCUCCAGCAAUUGUGCCUGCUGACACUCCAACAAUUCCCAUUACGAUAGAAACUAGGCGUAAGAAAAAAUCGAAAUCAAAAAAGAAGCCUAAACAAUCUCCAGAUCCUGCUGUAACCGUCUCAGCUGAUCCUUUGCAAGGAACUAGAAAUGAAAAUCCGGAGAUUUUGGUACCAGUGCGUUCGUCUCAAAGGCCACCAAGAACUAGAGGACGACCAUCACAUCCAAGUGAGCAACCAGCGUCACGAAGGCCAGAAAGGCAAAGAGAUAGAGUUCGUCUAAAUCAAAGUGAUGAACAACAAGCUGCUAAGAAUCCCGCUGAAAGAAAACCACCUAAUAGGGGCCCUCAUAUUUCAGAACAAAACCAAGCACCACGCAGACCUCAAAAUGAUGCACCGUACAUUCCAACCGAGUUAGUCUUACAACCUGAAAUUGGACAAAACCUUCCAUUAAGAAACGUUAUUUCAAAUGAAUACGUGCCUAACAUUCCAAGUCAUCCAUAUGCUUUGCCGUACGAUCUUGCAUAUCAAAAUCAACCUAUUUCUGAAAAUGUGCAAAAUAGACCACUAGAAAUAGUUUAUAGUCAAAGAGAACCAAAUCAGCGAUUACGCCCACAACUUUCAACACAAUCUGAACGAGAACGUCGGCCGACAGAGCCACAAGUAUAUUCAACCCACAACUAUUCGCCAACGACAUUUUCUCCGCCAUCGCAGAGAACUCGAAAUCCAGAUAGAUAUCCACCUCGAACAACUCAUACUUCAAGACCUCGGCCAACUGAAGAGCCGACACGAAGUAUUGAUGAAAGACCAGUAUACCGGUACAGAUCAACACCUGCACCGCGUGAAGGAAGCUCCUACAUUCGAACGAGACCUUCCUCAACAAGGCAGCAAUAUCAUGAAGAAUCUCCAGUGACAACUAGGUACUAUGAAAAUUCAUCUCCCCGAUAUCGACCGUCAGCAAGUUCAGAUGAUAGUCCAAAUCAAGUUCAUUCAAGGUAUCCAGAACAAGUUCAAAGACCAAGAUCUCGUCCUCACGCUCAAAUCGAACGACCACCGUCAGAAUAUACUGAUGUUCAACCAGUUGCUGAAAGACCAACUUAUUCCAGACCUCAAGAUUCAUUCUCUUACCCACCACAAGGCGACCUAAAUUACAAUGACGUAAAUGUGAUAUCAACAAUAGGUGAUUCGGGCGAGAGAUUUGAUACUCAACGACCUGCCGUCAGACGACCCGGAUACAGAGGAACAGCCUCAAAUUCUAGACGUCCUUAUCAAAAUUCAGAUUCAGAAGUUCAAAAUGGAUUCUUACCACUGACUGAAGCCCCAGUGAGAGAAAAUUCUUAUCCAAGUCGAGAGACAGUUAGUGAUCAAAGAGACUCAGAAUACGAACGUCCUCGUAGUGGAAAGCCAUACCGAAAUCGAUACCAAGAUUUUGACGACGAAAUUACUACACGGGAAGUAACUACUACAGCUCGACCAACGACCAAACGAAGACCUCCUCCACCAAGACCCACAUUUCCCGCAUUUCCAACUUUCCCACCCCCUCCAAAACGUCCAGUCACUUCUCCGAAGCCAAGAACUACUUCUGAAUCUCCUGAGUUGAAGGAAGAAGUCAAAGAAUUUCAUGGGCAUUCGGUAGAAUCUGAUAUUACUUCGAAGUCCACCGAAGGAAGAGCUCCCUACGUUGAAACAUAUAAUUCCCCUGAAAUCUCUAAAAGUAAAGAGCUUAUCACUGAAAAAUCUUUGUACACAGAAGAACCAGAAGUGACAACAAGAAGAAGAACACGGAAGCGUAGACCAAAACCAAGACGUCCUAAACCUUCAACCGCAGCUCCUGAUGACGAUCCAUCUUACAUUGACUUGUCCACAAGUGCACCCACUGAGAAAGAAACUAGCACCAAGUCAGCAUCGGAGCGAUAUAACGUGCGAAAGGUAACGCCUCAACCACGUCGUACAACUAGCACUACAACUGCAGCAGAAAUUCAUGCUAGUGCAUCAUCCGUUAAAAAUGAAGAAUACGGCAGCAGAAUUAAUCUUUUUGGAAAACCUCGUACUAGAAAACCAGCAGUUUUCCAAAAUAAAUUUACAACAACAACAGCAACACCAUCUAAGCAAGAGCCCCAGCGCUACACAAAAGUAACUACUUCGACAAGAACCAGAAGGCCUUACACCAGAAGGACACGCCCUAAAAGCACAACUACCACAACAGAACCCAGUGAUGUAACAGAGUCGUUUGCUCGUCACGAUGAAGAAGCAGAUUCUUCGAACUUAUCAUGGAGAGAUGCAACAGAAAUGGUUCCGCUCCAAGAAUCAGAAUCAAUCACACAGAUAUCCGUAGACGCAGUGCCUGACGAUAUCCAAUCCACUGAACCAUAUAAUGAACUUGUAGAAACUACCGAAGUUCCUGACAUUACUACCGUAAAAACGUUUGAUGAGAACGAAUCUUCUACUGAGAGUAAAGAAAAAGUGGAAAAUUUUGAAAGCACUCGUUCUGUUCAGAAAAAAUUUCAGAAUCGGCCACGCGUUCUGAAAUUCGGAAAGCCUAAGCUUAGGACUACUGAACCUCCAUUAGACCUUAACGUGGCAGCAAGUAUAAGAAGAGUCUAA